AUUGUUACGCAAUUGACAGGCUUGUUUCAUCAAUUACACUACACUGAGGUUGAGCAUACUGUAGAAAAGCUGUCCGUUUUUACGAGUUCUGUAUACAAACAUAAUCAUAAUAUCUUAGUGUGAUGCAUUCUGUGUACUCUGGUGGAUACAACCUUCAGUAACAGCCCAAAAACGUAUUACAAUCCAGACAGAACCGAUGAAAUCUUACUCUGUGGAAAGUAAAAAAACACCCUUUUAUUUGAGGUAAUAUUCCGCCCCGCUUUCUCCUGCAUUUUUUGGGGAGUGUUAUGGAAGACACAGAUGUGAGAGAGCACUGGCCAAUGGUGAGCAGAGGGGGGCUGGAUUAGACUGCACUCUGGGUGUCCCUUCUUUUAAGACUCCUGUUCCCCCGUCUAAUUUACAAUCUUUAUAUGGCUGGGUUUAGGGACAGGAGCAGGUUUCCAACCACCAUCAUUCACACCUGAGAGCACUCAGACUCUGUAGCCUGACAUUUUGAAGAACAACACAAUUUCCUCUUGACUUGAUAAUAUAAUACACGCAGAGAGAGAGAAGGAAAGCAUCCAAGUGUGUGAUUGUGGGACACCAUGUGGGACGUUACAAAAGUGUCACUACUCCUGCCUUUCCUGGUGGCAGUGGCAGCGGCUCAAGGGCCCUUCAGGAACAGCUCUCUGCUCAGGAAGUGGAGUCAGACAGGCAGGAGCAGGAAGCUGGCCUACAACUUGCUGACUGAGCCACAGCAGACCACAGGCGUGACUGAAUGGACGUCCUGGUUCAACAUCGACCAUCCAGGGGGGAAUGGAGACUACGAGCGGUUAGAAGCCAUCCAGUUCUACUACAGGGAGAGGGUGUGUGCCCGGCCGGUGGCCAUGGAGGCCCGCACCACGGACUGGGUGGCAGCAGCAGAGACCGGGGAGGUGACUCACUCCAGCCUGGAGAAGGGCUUCUGGUGCAUCAACAAGGAGCAGCCCUACGGACGCAUCUGCUCCAACUACUACGUCCGCUUCCAGUGCCCACCAGUUCAGGCCUACUGGAUGGACUGGUCUGCCUGGGGCCCCUGUUCUGCUACAGCCUGUAAUGACGUGGGCAUUCAGGUCCGUCAGAGGAAGUGUAUGAGCAUCCAGCCCAUGCCCUUGCUACUGGUUCCACCAUGCCAGGGGCCCCAGACAGAGAGGAUGGAGUGUGCCACCCUGCCAUGUGAAGCCAAGUGGACUCAGUGGGGUACGUGGGGAGCAUGCUCAGUGACCUGUGGCAAGGGUCGCAGGAUCAGAAGGAGGACCUGUGUGAGAACCUCUAUAACAGUGCAGUGUGUUGGACAAGCAGCUGAAAUCCAGAAAUGUGGGAAAUAUCCAUGCCCAACCAAAUGUAAGCGUGAGUGUCCCGAUGGCCGUCCCAGUGAGGACUGUAGCCGCUGUGUGUGUGUGGGCCACAUGCUCCAAGGAGAAGUACUCAGUAUGACCGGUGUCCCCGUGAUGGGGGCCAGGAUAGCGCUGGCCAGCCGACCAAAGAUCAUCCGUACCCGCACUGACGCCAAAGGCCUCUUUAGGCUCCCAGGGGUCUGCUCCAGUUCCCCCAGCCAGCUCUACAUCAGGAAGGAGAAGUUUGCCCCGGCCACUGCAUCCACCUCCAGCAACAGCAGUGGGUCAUCCUGGGUACGGGCAGUCCUAAAGUACGCAGAGAAGCCAUACAUUGUAAAGCACCCAGAGGACAAAGUGCGCUAUGAGGGACAGCGUGUGAUGUUAUGCUGCAAGGCAGCAGGGGAGCCCAUGCCAGACAAAUACUACUGGUAUCACAAUAGGACCCUAUUGGACCGGAACGUGUUCAAAUAUGAAGAGGAUCUGGUGCUGAGAGACCUGAAGCCUGAGCAGACAGGACAUUAUUACUGUAAAGCCAGCAGCCAGACAGGAAGCAUCAAGUCCUCACAGGCAUUCCUCAGCGUUAUCGCUAAAGGCAUGCCGGCAUGCAACCCCACACCUAAGAACCACCUCAUUAGGCUGCCCAUGGACUGUGUUCAGCCUGGGACUGACUCUAAGCUCUACAACGCUGGCCGCUGCACCCACAACAAGUGUGUAGGCUCCCUGGACUUCGACCUGCGCUGCAGGGAUGGAGGUGGCUACUGCUGCGGGGUCCAGAAGAUGGAGAGCCGGGUGAUCAACUGUGGGAGCUACAGCCUACCCAUCAAAGCUGUGACUGAGUGUGGCUGCCUGAAGUGUGUGGUGCCCAAGGUGCUUGUGCGUGGCAGGGUGGUCACUGUUGACAACGAUGAACCACUGCGUUUCGGGCACAUGUACGUUGGCAAGGAGAGAGUGGGCACCACAGGGUACAAAGGAGGUUUCACGCUCAAUAUAACCCCAGAUACAGAGAGGCUAGUGGUCAACUUUGUGGAUCCCACAGAAAAAUUCAUUGACACUCCUAAGGUGUUUAUCUUUGACAAGAGAGGGGGCUCUGUUUACCAUGACGUGAAGGUGAUGAGAAAGCAGGAACCUAUUGAUAUCAAUGCUGGAGAGACAAAUACCAUUGACUUAGGAGAAAUCAAAGGAGAGGACCCCAUUGGACAGAUUGUCAUACCUCCAAAUUCUUUCCUCAGAAAAAAUGGGGAGGUGUACGAAGGUACGGUGAAAGCCAGUGUCACCUUCAUUGACCCCAGGAACAUCACCACAGCUGCUGCAGCGCCUGGUGAUCUCAACUUUGUGGACGAUGAGGGUGACAUGCUUCCACUGAGGACAUAUGGGAUGUUUUCCGUUGACUUCAGAGAUGAUACGAACCAGGAAGUCCUAGGGGCUGGAGCGGUCCAAGUACUCCUAGACACGCAGCACGUCAAAAUGCAAGAACACAUUCCCAAAAUGAAACUGUGGUCCCUCAACCCAGACACAGGUGUCUGGGAGGAGGAGAGUGACUUUCACUACACUCAGACCACAUCUGGUGGUAAUGGACGGCGCAAGCGAGAGGAGCGUACUUUCCUCAUAGGUAAUAUGGAAAUCAGGGAGCGUCGACUUUUCAACCUGGAUGUGCCUGAGAACCGCCGCUGCUACGUCAAAGUGAGGACAUACAUGAGUGACAAAUUCCUGGCCACUGAGCAGUUGGAAGGUGUGGUCAUCAGCCUGAUAAACUUGGAGCCCAAGCCUGGCUUUUCCUCUAACCCCAGAGCAUGGGGUCGCUUUGACAGUGUGAUAACUGGACACAACGGAGCCUGUCUGCCAGCCUUCUGUGAUGCUCAGGUGCCUGAUGCUUACACAGCUUACGUCACAGGCAUUAUGGGUGGUGAAGAACUGGAAGCAGCUCCCUCAACCCCCAAGAUGAACCCAAACAUCAUUGGAGUGUCUCAGCCAUAUUUAGACAAGAUAGACUACCAGCGUUCAGACCACAAUGAUCCAGCUCUUAAGAAAACAGCCUUCAGAAUCAACUUGGCAAAACCCAACCCCAAUAAUUUGGAAGAGACCAACGGGCCAAUAUACCCCUACCAGAGUUUAAUAUCCUGUGAAAAUGCUGAAGUCAAUGCCAACCAUUUCCGAUUCUUCAGAGUGGAAAAGGACAAAUACGAAUAUAACGUUGUGCCCUUUCAAGAGAACGACUUAACAUCGUGGACAGGUGACUACCUCUCUUGGUGGCCCAACCCUCAAGAGUUCAGGGCUUGCUUCAUCAAGGUCAAGAUCCAGGGACAAAGGGAGGUUAUGAUAAGGUCACAGAACCAUGGAGGCACCCACCCUGAGACUGCAGGCCAGCUGUACGGCAUCAGAGACAUCCGCAGUACCCGCGACAUGCACGUGGCCAACAUCUCAGCAGCUUGCCUCGAGUUCAAGUGCAGUGGUAUGCUCUUUGACCAAGCUGCAGUCGAUAGGUCCCUCAUAUCAGUCCUCCCACAGGGCAACUGUCGGAGAGUUGACAUCAACAGCCUCUUAAAGGAGUAUCUGACCAAGCACCCCCCUACCUCACCGAACAACGAGUCCCAUGCCUUCAACAUGCUGGCCCCAGUCGACCCCUUGGGGCACAACUAUGGCAUCUACACAGUCACGGACCAGAACCCAAGGGUGGCAAAAGAGAUCGCCAUUGGACGCUGUUUUGAUGGUACCUCUGACGGCUUCUCCAGAGAGAUGAAGUCAGACACUGGGGUUGCUCUGACCUUCAGCUGCCCAGAAAGGACUUUAACCAGGGAGAGUCUCUUCCAACGCCUCCAGACAAACCCCAGCCAGACUCUGUCUCAGAUGGCAAGGGACAUGAGGGAGGCGCAGGGGCUGCAGGUCCGAGGAAGGUCCUCCCGGGUAGUGACCUACCCCUCUGAAUCCACGAGCCGCAGAUCCAGCUCCUCUAGCAGGAGGAGAUCUACGAUGCGGACACAGAACCGGCAGUAGAUCUGCCGUUAAUAAGUCUUUGGGUUAGAAAUGAAGAUGACGUACUCUCACAAACAAAAGAAGGAAAUGUCAAGUUGUGUCAGCCUGGUGAUGUUGGAUGUGAACUUUCUCUGAACACAGUACGGUAAUCUAUUGAAGCAGUAACUUCUCCAGCAAAACCACACAGGAGAGAGAAAUUAAGACUUUUUUUUCUCUGAAACUUACUGGAAGGGUUUGGCAAUACAUAUCAGUAUUCAUUGUAUUCCUUGAGAAGAAAUAUAUUUCUUUAGCUUUCAUCAGUCCAGUAAAGCAAAGGAUAUUUAUUUAUUUGGCAUUAAUAGGACUUUAAGAAGGAAACCAAUUUCCGAGGAAUAUUUGGAUUUAUCGCGUUCCACAUUAACCAUCGUUAACCAACCGUCUUUUCUGAUAUCUCUGAUCGCUUGAGUUAUAACCAACUGCAACUGUAAACGCCAGUCAAAAUGCUAAACACUUCAUAAUCGAUCAACGCUUUCCAUUGCACUCAUAAGUCCCUCAAGAUCAAAGGAACAUGAGGUCCUAGUGAUCUAGUUUGUUUGUAACAGACAGUGGGCCCCUUUUCUAGAAACCGGGAAGUCUUUGCUGCCAAAAAGAGGCAUUAUUUAAGAAGAUGCAAUGGGGUGCAAGGAGUUAUCGAGUUUGUGGAACAGAGGACGCUUCUUAGUGCGCUUGUUUCUAGCGUUUUUCUCUCCAAAUAAGCAUGUCACAUUGCCAACUGAGAUCCAGACCUUUUCUCUAACCUGAAUCCAACAUGUACCGGGCCCCAGCCAACACAAGCAUCCCUUAUCAAAACGCAUCUCAGCAGUUGACUGAACAGAGCCUGCGGUAGGGGACCUGAGAGAGAGAGGAUAUUGUGGGGGAUGACACAAUUCCCUUCAGUCCUCAGUUCCCACAAAGUCCCCAAGUACUCAUCCAACACACCUCUCUGUCUGUUCUUCAACAUCUCCCCCAACAUUACUGUCAGGAAUGUAAAAAACUAAAACAAAUCAACAUCAGAGAAGAAACCCUAUUUAUACAUUGCAGAUAAUUAGCUGGGCUAGUUCCAAAACUAAAUUGACUGUAUUGUUGUUAAAUGUGGGAGUGUCUGUCUUUGUCUCAUCAAGUGCAACAGCUAUGUUCUAUUUUGACCUGAGAGCCCUUGCAAAUCAUCACGUGACAAGCCAAUUAUAUACUGCACCAGGUACUGCUGGUAAAUAGGGUGAAUCCUUCAGUAGGUUUGGUACACCGAGUGUAUUUGUAAGGGAGCUUGUACAGGAUUCAAUUGCUUUCUGAAUUACAGUGUAUAACAAUCACUUAAAUGUUAGGUCAUCAUUUUACACUGUCAGUGCCACAUAUAUUUCUGAUAUUUCUGCAAUCUGCUCCCAUUAUAAUGUUUUCAUAUCUUGCUGCAUGACGCAUUAACUUUUAGCAAGAAGUGUACAAUCAUAUUUUCAGUUUAGAGAACGCAGUCCCUUUCCAGAGGGACACAUUUAUCUCAACGGUACUAUUUCCCCAUAGCUACUAAACAACAACUUAUUAUUAAUAUAGUUAACUUGCAGACCGGCCUCUGAUUAUUACAGGACCAAUUCCACAAAUGUGUUUCCCAAAGGGAAAAUAGGCUCUGGGAGAAUUAAGUUUUAUUUAAACAGUCCUUCAGUAGAACCAAUUAUGAACAUACCAUCUUUCUACCCAUCAAUGAGUAUGAGUUUUAGAGGUUCUCCAGUGCUUGGGCAUUAGAGUGGCAAGUGGGAAGACAUUCAAAGAGGCCCAUUUAAUUGGAUUCAGUAAUUGGAAGAAAGUUCCCCAUUGAUAGUAGGUCCAAACUUGUUUAUCUAUGUAGUGGGUGGCUGUGGGUCCCUUCAGACUGCUGGAGAGCUCCUAGAGCUGAACUAAUCCAAACCCAAAUGAGUGCCUGUAGAACACGGAGGAAGCAAACAUGGCUGGCUCGUAGUUAUCAGCCCAGCUGUUAAUUAGGAAAUACAUUACAUAUACACUUGGGGGUACUUUGAAGAGUUUAACCGAGACUGUCACAAACAACCAAACAAGUUGAUUUCCAGACAGCAUGUGGAUAUAAUUUAGGCACAAGAGAGGACUGUGGUCGAGUACGUUCAACAUUUAAACGACCAUACCUUUAAAUUGGCUCAAUUUUCGAGGUGUUUUCUUAAAUGUCAGUCAGCAAAACCUCAGGGAACUAAGUCAAUUGAAACCAUUGCAGUUUAUUGUACAGUUUAUUGUACAAAAAAAGGAGUUUAGAUGUUGCACGCAACCUGAAACUAGCAACAGCCCCAAAAAUAUCUUAUAAAAUAGAUACUCGGGAUCAAAUAGAUUUAACAAGUAUAUUGUACAGUGCCUCUAGAAAGCGAUACGUGGAAAUUAUCAUUUAUGGCCCUCUAGUCAUUAUCAAUGACCUCUACCAUCAUGGGCAUGUUAAACCCUCUUAGAAUGGACAGUCCAGCAGUUCAUUGAAUAAACCAAUCAGCUUAUUUGGAGCAGAUUGUUGCAUCCAGGCUAUGAGUAAGAUGAUGGUAAUUGGGUCCACGUGUGGAAAAGAUAACUCUCAUUAACCACAGUAGGGUGUGAGGUGAGAGAGAGGGGCCACAGCAACAACUGUUCAACAACUGGAGGACUUGCAACACCAAAGAGGAGUCACUUCUGGAAUCACUUGUGGGAGAAGGGUGAGAUUAUCUUGCGAUGGAUUUGAAUAAUUACAGAGAGCUGUUGUAGAGAAAAAGGGGGAAAAUAGGUCUUUCGCCUCGCUGUCCAUCACUUAUCUGAAGCUGAAGUCGUCACUUCUGGAAGUAGGCUGUUUAAAGUAAACGUGCUCUGAUAAGUUGACUGGUAGAUGUUUCAUCAAGAGGCUUUGAGGGAGGUUGAGAGACAGAGUAAGUCUAAUUGCCAAUGUUACAUAACACAUUGUGUGAGAAAAAUAGUAAGGACUAUCCGAACAGUCUCUGAUCAGUUUCCUGAUUCAUUAGCUUUAAGAGGAGAGAGGAAUGGAAGAGAGUUUCCUAUUCAAAUGUAGAAACAUGCCGAUGUUGUGGAAGAAAAACCUCAAACAGAAAACAGAUUGCAAAGAUCUCCUUUUAAUACAGAAGAAAUAGUCAAAUGACAUGAUCCCCUCGAUUCCAGACACAGUUUCAGGUUCUAAAAAUUCCUAGACAGGUUCGUGCUUCACAUUUCACAUAAUAAGUGAUAAAUGACAAUUUAAAAAAUUUUCACUUAGUUUUCGCUACUUCUCCAUGGUAAUUCAACAGUCUCGUAUUCCCACUUGUCCUGUAGAAUGUUGAGGUACUAGUGCUUGUAGACUGACUGACACUAUACAGCCCUGCCUUGGCUUCAGGUUGAUUUCUGAGUGUGCCUGUGCCACCAGCAUGAGUGCAUGCAUCUGUCCUCUCCUGUACAGUCUGGCUGCUCUCAGGGAGACUGUAACUUAUUCCGGAAUAUCCUCUGGCGAAGCGAGCGUUGGAUCUGUCCAUAUUGUCUGACCUAUUAAGAGAGACUUGUAUGGUUGCCACUGUGCUCUGGAAGAUGUCUUGGGGACCCAUAAACACAUUAUAUAAAUCCAUUUCUGAGAAUUCUUUGUUUAAUCAUUACAUGACAUGUACUGCAUGGCGUUGCCCAUUUGUUUUUCUUUUUCAUGUGUAAAUUGUGUUUUGUAUGGAAUUUACUAAAUGUAUAAGGAAUUGUAAAUAAACCUUUGCUGUAAAAUUUU